UCUAAAAGAGUGACUUCGUGUACUCCCAUAUACAUUCCUCUCUCGUAAGAACGUUAAGAAAUGGGUGGCCCUUUAACUCUCGAAGCAGAGGUUGAGGUUAAGUCUCCUGCAGACAAAUUCUGGGUGAGCCUGAGAGACUCAACCAAUCUGUUCCCUAAGGUCUUCCCCCAACAGUACAAGAGUAUUGAAGUUCUUGAAGGAGAUGGGAAAGCUGCUGGCUCAGUUCGCCUCAUCACAUAUGCUGAAGGUUCUCCACUUGUUAAAGUAUCAAAGGAGAAGAUUGAUAGUGUGGAUGAAGCAGACAAGUUCGUGACCUACAGCAUUAUAGAUGGUGAUCUCCUGAAGUUCUACAAAAAUUUCAACGGCUGCAUCAAGGUAAUUCCUAAGGGAGAUGGAAGCUUGGUGAAAUGGUCAUGUGGAUUUGAGAAGGUGAGCGAAGAAAUUCCUGAUCCCCACGUAAUCAAGGACUUCGCAAUCCAGAAUUUCAAAGAGCUCGAUGAGUUCAUCCUCAAGGCAUAGAUGCUGCCGAUCGCCUACUUGGAUUUGCACUAAAAGUCAAGUAAAUAAUGUGGAGCUGGACUCUGCACUUUUAUAUGCAUCUAGUAUGAGAUCCCUCGGCUGUCUCUGUUUGUAUUUACUUGGAGUUGGUGGGUUUUCUAUUAAGCUCUCUUUACUGCC